UUCAGUUUUGAUUUUGAGUUGUUGAGAUUUAGGUGGGAUUAAUUUUAUUAAGAAAAAAAAAAAGAAAAAUGACAAGUCCAAUUCCAAACAUGGCUACUAUCACAGCCUCUCUUGAGAGAUCUCUGCAGAACUGCUCCUUGAACCAGCAGCACACCACCUCCAGCAGCAGCAGCAGCAGCGGCGGCGGCGGAGGAGGCGCGGCGGCGGCGGUGGAGUUGAAUUCCGAAGGCUCAUCGCUUCCUUUCCAUUGGGAGCAAUGCCUUGAUUUAAAGACUGGUGAACUAUACUACAUAAACUGGAGGACCGGCAUGAGGGCCACGGAGGAUCCCCGGACAGCAGCAGCAGCCGAGUACGUCGACGACUGCUCCUCGGAGGAGGAGGACAGCAGCUCGUACGACAGCGAUGGGUCGUCGUUGGAAUCGUCCCCAUGCUCCUCAAGAGAGCAAUGGAGUGAUAAAAGUAAUCAAGAAAAUUGUUACUAUGAUGAUGAAGAAAGGAAUAACAACAACAGCAACAUCAACAGCAACAAUAGUAAUAAUGUGUUGGUGGUUGCUGGUUGCAAGAGCUGCCUAAUGUACUACAUGGUGCCCAAACAGCUUGAAAUUUGCCCCAAAUGUUGUGGUCAACUUCUCCACUUUGAUCGAUCUGAAAAUGCCUCUUCUUGAAUUCUCUCUCUCUCUCUCUCUCUCUCUCUAUUUUCGAUUUGGUGGAGUGUUUGGUGUUGGAUGUUGAUGUGGGGAGUGGAGUUUCUUGAUAUAAGACAAAGAAUUCUCAUUCUUGUUUCAAAUUGUUCCAUCUUUUUUUUGCUUCUCUAUUGCUAUCUAAUUUAUUGUAUUCAUUGUUUUUGUUUUUGAUUUCCUGCAUUUAUGAGUUUUGGAUAA